CGGGAAGAGAAGACAGCUAUUAGUAAACCCAACACAAGUGAACCAAUUAAUGACAAAUUAAGGGAUAAUUGUGACCAUUUGACGAACGAUAAACCAGUGAUUAUUAAUACAAAUACGACAAUUAGUGCUUCUAAUACUAAUAUUGAUGAUAAAACUGAUAGUAAACUAUUGAAUGACAUUUCAGCUCAAAAUUCAACUAAAAUUAAUAGUCAAUUGAGUGGUGAGAAAGAUGUUGUGAAAGACAUGAGUGAAAUGAAGAGUGAAAUUAGUGAAAAUGGAGACUUAACUGAUAGUUGUAAUGACUUAAGUGAACAGAAGACGGCCAAUAAACCAGAUAUAGUUAGGCUCCACUUAUACGAAAAACCAAUGGCUAGUUUUGCUACAAAACCCCCCAAAUGUCACCAUCAGAGACACGACAGGACUAUUAGAAGGAAAACUCACUGCAAAGUGAAUUCAGCCAAAGACUAUUCCAUUCAACAAAAAAAAAAAGAGUCGACGGUUACAGAGAAUCGUAAAUUAGAAGACAAUGUUAGCAACGAUUUAGAGGUGACGGACAAUGUUGUGAGAGUUACAGUUGUGGACAAAACAGAGCCCAAACCUAUGAGUGAACGGUCGUCGCCUUCAAAUGACGAGUGUUUAGAGAAAAUUGAAAUUCAAGUCGAAUCAGCCAUACCUACGCCUAAGACAGCACUUCCAGAUCUGCCCUAUAAGGACGACCAGUGGACUCCUCUCAAUCCCGAAGGCAAAAAACAUAUACUUUCUCUGAAAAAUAUGCGGCAAUCUCUAUUCAGGAGAAAUUGUAUUCGACAUAUGAUGAGCGUUAUCCCUGUCUUAUAUCACUUGAAGACAAAAUUCCUCGUUUCUGAUCAAUUGGAAUCGAGCGGUGGUCACACUGAAGACGCGCCGCUCAACUUCUUUAUGCCCACAUAUGUUAAGUCUAACAGUAGAAUAGGAACGGUUCCCGGCCGACGGGUCAGUACUGGAAGACAACCCGAGACUAAGAAUCGAAAGAUUAUUUCUACUUCUCUGACACACGAAGUGAAACUCCACACAACAGAGAACGCGUGGAAACCGUUGGCGAAACAGUUUAAAGACGUGGCCGAUCCCGACGAACAGGAAACUCUGGAACUGCUUAAGAAGAUUCGAGGAAUUCUGAAUAAACUGACGCCACAGAAGUACGACGACUUAAGCAAACAGAUCCUGUCCUUCAAAAUCGACACCGAAGACCGACUCAAACGAGUCUUAGACCUGGUGUUUGAGAAAGCGGUGGACGAACCGGCCUUUUGUCUACAAUAUGCAAAUCUUUGCAAACAUUUGUCCAAAUUUAAAGUUAUGGUCAAUAAGGAAGAGAACGCCGAAGAAGUGAAGUUUCUUAAACUUCUUCUUCAUAAAUGUCAGAAGGAAUUCGAAGCAGACAUUUACGCGUCGAUCACUGAUUUGAAGGAACGACAAGAAGAGAUCGAGAAGUGCACUGAUCCGCAGCAGAAGAAGUUCAAGAGGGAAGUGCUCGACGAAGACAUGAGGAGAGCCCGGAAGAGGAGUUUGGGAAACAUUAAACUCAUUGGAGAGCUCUAUAAGUUAAAUAUGUUGAAAGCAAAUAUUAUGGUUCAGUGCAUUGACAACCUUAUCAAAGAUGCCGACGACGAGUCUCUCGAAUGUCUUUGCGCUCUCUUGAGGACAAUUGGAGGACAGAUCGAAUUGGAAGCGUCCAAAAGUCAACAGCAGACGAUGCUUUUGGACGCAUUCUUUGUGAAGAUGCAAAACGUGGCCGACCAUAAGGAUCCCAAAGUGAAGGGCACGUCGGCUCGCGUGCGCUUCAUGUUAAGAGACAUUAACGAUAUGCGAAGGAAUGGUUGGAAAGCUCGGAGGGACGAGAAUCUGCCCAAAAUGAUCGAUGAAAUCCAUUCGGACGCUCAGAAAGAAGACGAACAGAUGAUUAGAGAUCGUCACCAGCACUCCAGUAAGAAACAGCAGGAGGAAAGGGAUCACAACAAAAAAGGCGGACGACAGGGCAAUGAAUCGGGCGAAGGCGGCGCUCAAUGGACAACAGUAAUCGGCCGAAAGAGUCAAAACGCUUCCCAACCCAACAUUGACUGGCAGAAGAUGCGGAAUAUGCAACAACAAAACCACGACACCGUCCAAUUGGGACCACAAUCCGGUAGUGCCUGGGCUAUGGGCAGUCGCGGAGGUGGUGGUGGAGCCGGUGGUGGCGCCUCUUCUUCUCAGUCUCGAUUUGCGGCCGAAGACAAACAGCUCAAUAGGUUUUCACCGCUCGAGAGCAAUGAUAGUAGAAAAUCAUCGCAAAAAAUAAUCUCUUCGCGUGAUUCAAGUAAAGGGAGAUCUAAUCAACAGAAUUAUGGGCAACAGGGGAGAGGAGGCCGUUCUCAAGGAGGGGGCGGUGGACGUGGUGUAGAGCGUGAAGAUGCCAUAAACCUCGCGCGUAGCUUUUCAAGCAGACAAUCGCCGUCCGAAUCGUCGCCUUCGUAUCCAAAUAUGAUUUCCCGAAACAGUAGUCGAAGUGAUAGUCGAGAGGCGAGCGCUCCCAACAGUCGCAACAGUUCUAUACGUCGCGAAACGCCUGACAUUGAAGUCAAUCAAUUGAGAGGCAGUCAAUCCAUUUCGGCCGAAGACUUAGAAGAGAAAUGCAAGGUUUCUCUCAAAGAGUAUUUGAAUGUGAAGAACGUUGACGAACCGGAGUUAGAUGUUUGCAACUUAUGCAACGACUCCAACGCCGACGUCUACAUCUUGUCUGCAAUCAACUGCGCUCUCGAGAACUCUAGUCAGUCCGACCACUUCCUCAUCGGGAAACUUAUUAUUCAUUUAAUUAGUAAACAAUGUUUAAAACUCGACCACUUCUAUAAGGGGCUCAAUUCUAUACUCGAGUACUCCGGAGAUGUAGAACUGGAUGUGCCGAAGAUGUGGGACUAUAUCGGCAAUAUUAUUGCCCCUAUUUUUAACGUGGAAUUUACGACAAAAACGCCAACUAAUAAAUCAAAUAAUUCGGAACAAAAGUUAUCACAUUUUGUUGAAGACAUAGAAAACCUCGUCAAACAGAAGAAAUCUAAGGAUGAAAUACAGAAUUUUAUAUCCGUUAUUCAUCAAGACAUCGGAGAGACGACAUUAGACGAGCCGACAUUAAUAGCGAUCGCACCGCUUCUCCAGAAAUUCCUCGGCGGUGAACCAGACGGUGAACUCCAGGCUCUGAUAGUCCUACAGGAGCUGAUGGAGAGACUGCAACAUCCGCCAAACCUGCUGUUAAAGAUAUUCCAAUGCCUUUACGACCACAGCGUGAUAUCACACGACGGGUUCUUACAGUGGGAGAAGUGCGACGGCAACGGCUCUGGGAAAGCGGUGGCCGUGAAAAGUGUGGUUCGGUUCCUGACGUGGCUCAGGGAGAACGAGGACGACGAGGAGGAGAACGAGCCCAUCACCAGUUGAGUCAAUUCUCAUCGCUUAGUAAUUGAUUACCGAUAUUAACAAUGAUUUAAUUAUAAGAAUAAUUAUUAUAAAUAUAUAAAUAUAU